ACUACUUUUGGUCUUAUGCAACCAAGUGCGAUGACGAUGACUAUGGCUGUAAGGAGGGUACUUGGCUUUGCUUAAAAAAAAACCCCUUUUCUGAAUCUCAAUCAAAAUGCAAACUUGCGCCAUAUUCUCCCUUCUCCUCGUCAUAUCUCCGCAUUUUCAGGUAUAAUGUCGCACUUAGUAAUUUCUGUAUAGGUGAUUCAUGUGUAAUCCACAAUGGAGUCUGCAUUGGUCAAGAUGGAUUUGGAUUUUACGUGGAUGGUGAUGGUAAUAUGAUAAAGAAGCCUCAGAUGUUGAAUGUAAUAAUUGGGAACAAUGUGGAAAUUGGUGCAAAUACCUGCAUUGAUAGAGGCAGCUGGCGAGAUACAGUUAUUGGGGACAAUUCAAAAAUAGAUAAUUUAGUUCAGCAUAGGAGAUUAUGUGACUACGGAAGGAAGGGUAGCAGUACGAGAUCAUUUAUCCAUCAUAUCAAAGCAAGUUGUGUAACCAAGGACAUCAAAGAGCCUGGGGACUAUGGUGGCUUUCCAGCUGUUUUAAUUCACCAAUGGCGGAUACAAGUUGCCAGUAGAUGUCAGACUCUGGGGUAGAAGCAAGGAUAUGUCCCAUGUACAGUGGAAGCAAGAAUCUUUCUAGGUACUGUAGGGAAAGUAAAGGAAGGGAGGGGAAAAAACCAAUGAAGGAGAUUAGGUCAGUGCCUUAUUUUGAACCUUCCUAGUUUGUUGGAAUUACGGCUAAGUGGGUACUUUUUCUUCUUACGUGAGAGCUUCCCAUCGGAAUCAAUUGGUAGAAUACCUUUGAGUUGUAACCCGUGGAACUUGCUCUUAAUUCCCCAUGUCUUGUAUCGGUAUCUUGUGAUCAAAGCAACUUUUAACUCUGUGGUUGCAUUUGAGAUGGCACUGAAGAGAGGUUUGAAUGGUCGAGGUUUGGCAUUAACAGUAUCAGAUACAUCCCGGGUGUUGCCAGUUCCUUGAUGGAAUGGGACUAUAGUUGUCUCCCCCACCUCGUCCUCAGGCUCCCCAUAUAAGAAACUUAAAAUCGUUUUGUCAUAGUAAAUGCUCGAGUCCUUGUUUGGGUUUUCAAUUUGAAGGCUGUAAAAGAUGGUGCAGUUUUCACUUGAGUUGGAGGGAUGUUGUAUGGAGAUGAACAUAAUGGAGUAGGAGGGGUUCUUGGGACGUAAGGCCAGCCACAGGCACAGAACAAUAAGGCCUAAGAGGCCUAUAACUUUCAGGGGCCAUAUGUAGAGACUCUUGCCUUCACACAUCCUUGACAAAAAUGAUUGAUAUUUCAUUAAAGUGUUGUGAAAGGGUUGAUGAAGUAUGAGCCAGGGAAGAAUAUAUGCAUUACUUAAGCACGCGGGAAUGCUUACAACUUUCAUUUAUCGUUGCAUUGGUAAUUUAUGAAAAAGAGAGAUCAGCUUCAUAAAGGAAACAAAGGCCCUCUUCGAUACAACCCUGCAGGUGUUGGACUUUCCUUUUGGGCCCCAUGUAUGUCGGGUCUGAAUGCUGUUUCGUGUCAAAUAAAUAUGCACCAAUUCUUGCAUUCAUACAGCUGCGUAUUAAUUUACAUUUUUAUGCGUUAUAAAUUAAUUGGGUUAGGAGUUUUAGUUAAUUCGUAUGCAUAUUAGUUAUACCAAUUAUUUUUUUUUAUUUUUUGGAUAA